AUGGAGCCAGAGGACGAGCGACUGAUGGACGGGGCACCUCUGCAGCCACACAGGCGGUUCCUGAAGCAGACGUCCAGCAGUCACCACGCCGGCCCGGUGGCUGGACAGGCAGCGCCCCAUCCUGCUGCAAGGCCGAGGCCUGGCCCUGCCUCCCAGCAGAGGGCAAAUACCGUUCUCAGGAAACUGGCACAGAUAGAGGACAAGGUCCAGAGGCGCAAGGCCAGGUUGGGCACGGGUGGUAGCCCUGCCGCCCACCAGGUGCUGGUGGAUGAAGAGCUUUCCUGGAGCCAGUCUAGCCGAGACGGCGAGCACAGAGCAGCGGGGCUCAGGUACCUGAAGGCAGACGCCACGCCGGAGGAAACCCCAGGGUCCGAUCCAGACCCAAGCAGAAACGGGCCUCUGGGCAGCAGAGUUGGCCUGGGCAGGGGGAAGGAAGACACAGGACGCUUGCUAGAUGCUUCCAGUAAAUACAAGAGGGAGAAGGCCAUCUCCCAGCCCAGGCCUGGCGGGAAGUCAGGGCAAUGGGCCUACGAAAAUGACUCCUCCUUCCAGCAGAAGAUGGUCACCUGUGACAGCCUUACAGGAACAGCUUCCCCGAAAGGAGGUGGGAGCUCUCUGGCUGAAGAAAGCAUUAUCAGGUCUCUGGACGAGCUGUUCUCGGGCCCAGCCGACUCUCAGGGCUCCUCCAGCAGCGAUUUCCAAGUGAAUGUCUUGAGCCUUGCCGACUUGGCACCCAGCGUGGCAAUCCAGAAGGAAGGCUUAACAGAAGAGGCAACAGUGAUGGAAGCAUCUGGAAGUUUAAGCAUGGAACUGGAACCAGAGUUGUUUUUUGCUGACUCCCAAAGAGCCAUUAAGCCCUCAAGUACCACAGUGGGGAAAGCUGUAACUCUUGAGGAGGAUCCGGGAGAGACAGAAGUCUCUGAGCAGUUAAGCAGGAGUUCUGUCGAAAGUCCCAGUUGCGAGCAGGAGAAUCCCACCAGUCCAGAGUACUCGGAAGACUUUGACUCGCUGUCUGAGGACCCAGGGAGGCGGUCCUGUUCAGAGGACUCGGGGGACGGGUCAGAGGCCUCUCUGCAGCCCGGGCUUUCUGGUCCCGCCUCUCUCUGCCGGCCUCAGGCGGGAAGUAAAAGGCCCCAGUCGGCGAGGAGGAUCAGCAUGAAGGAAGCAGCCGUGCAGACAGACAGCUCCUCACUCACACCUCGUGGGUUAAAAGCUGCUGCUGCCGCCAAGACCGGUGACUGGAUUGUUGAAGGCCCCCUCGCCGCCAGCCACGUUGUGAGCACAAAUGCCCUGGAAGAACUGACAACAUAUAAUCCUUCGGUGUUAGCCUUAAAUGACAUGUUAAAGCAGAACUUGCUACUCAUCCGGCAGUUUGUGGAGGCCACCCGGCACUUGCAUUCGUCUUUCGUGGCACUGCUGGAGGAGGAGGAGUUCCACUACCACACGCUGGAAGAAGCCAAGAUGGAAGACCCUCCUCUCCCACCCAGCUCGUGGUCCUUCAUCUGCUGA